AGGGUGUUUGUGUUUAUACACCAGCUAUAAGUCAGCAGUCACAGUGCAGGGUGAGGACACACCGUCUUUUGCCCCAGAAAACAAUACAGGAAAUCUGGAAAUGUUUAAUGGUGUAUUUCUCUAAGACCUUCUGCGCUAUAAAGACUUUUGCCUUGUCAGAAACAAGUGCAAUGCAAUGCUCCUAGGGUACAGCUGGGGUGGCUGCUGCAAAGGAAGGGGCGAAAUGCAGUUCUCUUGGUGGGUUUCUUCACAUCCUGAGCAAAUCAUCCCUCUGAAUUAUGCAACUGUGCGUGCAGUGAAAUGUUGCUCAGCAAGAAAGAGUGAAAGGAAUUAGCUUCAAGGUUUUUUUCUUUCCCAUCUCAGUAAAAAAAUAAUCAGGAUGGCUUCAAGAAAUAGAAAAAAUUCUGAAGUAGAAGCUCAAAACCCAUUUUGCCCUGAAGGUGGAGUUUUCAAGCAUGGAUUCUUCAUCAAGUCACCACCUCUUCAUCUUUUCAACUCAAAGAAUUCCUGGAAAAGGCGUUAUUUCAUCCUGUCCAAAUCCGACAAGGGCGAUUAUAUCCUGAAGUACCUAAAAGGAAUGAGCAUGAAAGGCUCCAUACCUGUUGAUCAGAUCACAAGUGUAGAAAUUGGCAUAAGCAGUUCUGACAUAAUGGCAAUAGUGAGGAAGAUGUUCAGAUGCUUUCCUGAAGAGGUGAUGUCCAUCACUACUGAAAACAGAUGUUACUACCUCGUUGGGAAGAGCAGCCUGGAAAUAGAGGACUGGGUCACUGCCAUAUCUUCCAUCAGGGAGGCCAAAAGAGGUGGAUGCUGCCCUCAGAAACAAGAUCUUGCAAAUUCAGAAGUCAAAGGCCGGUCCUUCUCUAUGCCAUUGUUCUUGAAUUCUAUAGAUACGACCGAUUCCCUGGGAAGGCAGAGCUACCUGAAGGAUGAUGGUCCCUCAGAAGAUAAGAACAGGCCAAGUUCAGAUCCUGGCCCUCAUCAGGCUCAGAGCGACUCACCACAAGUUUUUCCAAGCCUGGAUGAAAAUCUGGGAAAGACUGAGGAAAAUCUUCCAGCAUCAGAUUUAAAUGAAGACCUCAAAAAGGAAGAAGAACCUUAUUACCAAACUCCCAGCAGUCUUUUAGCAAAGUGCAAUAGUGAAAUAUCAAAGAUUGACACUACAGAUGAGCCUGAUAUCCCUGUACAAGAGAAGCCAUGGCAACGGAAGCCAGUAAAGGAGAAUGCUUAUGUGUCAAUGAAGUCCCUGCCAACGUGCAGACAUGACAGCCCCCAUUCUCCUCCCAAAAGCGAGGAAAACAGUGCAAGCCCAGACGACUUGGAGGCAAAUAGAGACCUAAAACUCCCAGAAAGCACCACACAGCAGCCUUUCCUCAAAAGAAGGCAGAACUCAUCACCACUUUCAGUGGUUCAGUUGUCUAUACUGCUCAGUCAAGUUACAGAUAAGACGCAACUGCAAGAGUUGGAUAUCUUGGUCCCCUUGGCGGAUAUUAACAGUUACCUAAAACUUACUGAAGCAGUAGGACAAAUUUGCGUCUCACAGUGGACUGGUCCUUGCCGAUUGGGAUGUUUAUUUAACCACGGAGACCGUAUAGUGGCUGUGAAUGGUCUGCACCCACAGAACAUGGAGGAGGCUUCUUUGUUCAUCAGCAGGUCCACGCAAAAGGAGGUGAAACUUACUGUAUGUAGGAUUCCACAUUCAGAUACUUUCCAUGUUAAAGGCUGCUCAUGUUCCUGAAAAAAAGAUGUCAGUUUCAAAUGUUGUUCAAAGGCCUGUUUGUGCUGAAUUCUGCAUAAAGACAGACGGAAAUCCCGCUUCUGGAACAACAGUGACUGAGAAUGGAAGAAAAAUAAUUCCUUAGGAGCCCUCCUCCGAAGCGGCUAUGUGAUUCCUUUGCUCCAGGCUGUUUUCCUGAGCCCAACAACUCAAUUUCUGCUUAAGGAGUCUCUGUGGGGUGGGAUGGCCGGUACAGCACCAUGUAGGGCUGCUUCCAGGUCCAUAACCAUCUGCCUGCUAGGACAGACCUGUAGGUCAGAAUCCUGAUAUCACAAAUCAUAUAGGUCACACGUAUCUGCUGAUGACUCUCACUUAACCUUUCCUGCCCGAGAUUUGCAGAAAUUCUUCUGAAUGGUAGAGAAGAAAACUUGAAGUUCUCCUGUCUUGCUCCAGGACUUGUAUCUCUGUAUGAUUAGGAUUUUUCUUGCCCUGUUUCAGCGGGCACAGGGAAUGCUCUAUUUUCCACUGUGAGUUUUCUUUCAACAUUUUUUUUGAAACAUUUCCCAAAACCUUUCACGUGACACUGACCAGCAAAACAGAUCCCUCCUUUUCCAGUCAUGAGAGAACAAAGAGGUGACACAGCCUCAAAAGAACUUCCUGAAACUUUGUGAGAAUCAUUUCCAAGAAGAGAUGAACAAAGAGGAGCUCCAGACCAUAUGUGGUGGCGAGAGGAAAGAAGCCACCACCCUGAAACCUGCACGUGGUGUUGCUGCCGAAGCAGACUUUGAGGGACACACGCCGCACCUCUCAGCCAUGGAAGAAUGUCACUUUUGGACAAAAAUGGGCUUUGAGUAGAGAUAUCAAACACAAAAGGAUUCCAGACCAUUUCAGAAAACCAGAGAACUGUUUCUGUACUUCUAUAAGCAGUUACUGAUGUGUUACGUCAAUUGAUCCUUAUGUCAGUUUGCACAACACUAAAUGCAAAUGACGAAUGUUUACACAAUGUCUGAUUCACAACAUUUGCUAGACAUAUAACAUGGAAGUUACAUUGGUACAGUAAAUUCUGGUGGGAUGCCUGAAGUUGCCUGUGCAUGUGUAAUUAAUAAAUGUGUUAUCACUUUACAACA